AUGCUGCCCAAGGCGGCGACGUCGCGGUUGCUCCCCGCCUCAUCGACACUCUCCGUCCAGACUCUCGCGUCCAUCUGCUCACGGAAAGCAACCAAGGCCGAUUACCCUCUCGCUAGCUCUAUUUCCAAUAACAUCCCAAUCUACGACCUACCCAAGUUCUCCGGCCUUUCCCCGUCCCAACGCAGUGAGCUCCAGAAUGAGUGGUAUCAAGUCUUACUCCAUGGCCCAGGCGUCUUCGUCACAGCUGGACUAUACCGAGACAAGGCGCUCCUGAACGAGGUCAAUGGCGUCUACGUGUCAAUCAUCGAGGCAGAGAAGCGAAACGCCGCAGCAAAGGGCGAUCAUUUCGCGGCCGGCGGGAAGAACGACCGCAUCUGGAACUCGUUCAGCAAGCACGCCCUUGCCGACCCCAAGUCAUUCGCCGCCUACUACUCCAACCCGUAUCUCGCCCUCAUCUCCUCGUCCUGGCUCGGCCCCGGGUACCGCAUCACCGCCCAGGUCAACAACGUGAAGCCCGGCGGCAGCCCGCAGGAGUGCCACCGCGACUACCACCUGGGCUUCCAGUCGCAGGCCGCCGCGGCCCAGUACCCGCGGGCGGUGCACCUCUCCAGCCAGUUCCUCACCCUCCAGGGCGGCGUGGCGCACGUGGACGUGCCGCUCGAGACGGGGCCGACGCGGCUGCUGCCCUACAGCCAGACGUACGAGGAAGGGUACAUGGCGUGGUGCGAGGCCGAUUUCAGGGCGUACUUUGAAGCCAACUACGUGACGGUGCCGAUGGCGCAGGGGGACGGGCUGUUCUUCAACCCGGCGCUGUUCCACGCCGCGGGCGCCAACUCGUCGGCGGACGUCAACCGGAUGGUGAACCUGCUGCAGAUCAGCAGCGCGUUCGGCAAGACCAUGGAGACGAUCGAGACGGCGCCGGUAGUAGAGAAGUGUUGGGGGGAGAUGGUCAGGCUGUACGGCGAGCAGGGCUGGAGCGACGAGGUCGAGGCGCUGGUGGGUGCAGUUGGGGAGGGGUAUCCCUUCCCGACCAACUUGGACAGGAACCAGCCUGAGCCUAAUGAGCUGACGCCGCCGUCUGAGCAGAGCGUCCUGCGCAAGGCGUUGAAGAACGGAUUGAGCAAGGACGAGGUGAUGGAGGCUCUGCGGAAUCUCCAAGAAAAGUCGAUUGCAUAG